AUGGACGAGCUGCCUGCCCUGUUUCUGGAUGACUUGAAGGAAGAACUUCGUGAAAAGGAAGAGGCACUGCUGGAAACGACUCAACAUGUGGAUGUGCUGCAGAUAAAGCUCGAUGAGAAGAAUCAGGAGCUAGUGGAGUUGGUUGAAGAUUUAAGAAAGGUUGAGAUCGAAAAUGAAAGUGGCAAGGAGAAGCUUUUGGCAGAAAAGCACACCAUGCGAACCAAGGUCAGAGAUCUGACGAAAAAUCACAAGGGAUAUUUAAAAAUUGUCAAAACAAAACACAGCGCUCAGCUCCGUAAAAUCAGGGAGAAACAUGCCCAAGAAACAUCACAAAAAGAUCAGUGCUGUUUAGAACUUCAUAAAGAUCUCCAACUUUUAAGACCUCAUGCCAAGUUCUGUGCACCAUUUACAGACCAAGCAAUUGGUUCAUUAAAUUAUUUCACCGAACGGAAGAUUAAAGAACUGGAAGAACAAGUGAGGCUUAUGAAGCAAGAGGCGGGAAGAUCAGAGGACAUGUUCAUGUCAAUGGAAGCUUUGUACAUGUUGAAAAUCGAACAGAUUCAAGAGGAGCUGGACAAUGUACAGCUUGUACCUUCUCAGAAGCUGCUGCUGGAGCUCAAAGAUGUAGCAGAAGACUUUGAAGAGGAGAAUGAACAGUUACACCAGAAAGUGAACUGGCUGCGACACGUCGAGGCACAAAAUGAGAAUCUUCAAGCAAUAUUGGAGCAAUAUGAAGAUCAACAACACGAAAUGCAGGAAAAAUUAGAAAUGGUUACCAAGGGAGCAACUUCCCAGGAAAAGGAAGAACUGGAAACCCUUCAGCAAGCAACACAGCAGGAGCGCACAGAGCAAGAUCCGUCCUCCUGCAAGAAUGAAUUGGCUGAGCUAAGACAUGGACCUCUUCUUGUCAGACCAGCGCGCAGGAAGUAUACCAUUAGUUUGGAAUCAAUCGAGGAAUGUGAGGAGGCUUUGGAGAUAGACCCCAGUGAACAGGUGGUGGUGGCACGGAAGGUGUGUAUUGCCAAUCAAUUCUUCGUUUUCUAGUUGUAAUCUAAUUUCCUGACAUUUUACACU